AUGGACUUUAACAAGAUGUGCAGAAGUCGGUGGCUACGGCCUGAUGAAGACCUGUGUCGGAUUUGUCGAUCACCGGAGGAACCAGGAAACCCGUUAAGGUAUCCCUGUCUGUGUCGAGGCUCCAUCAAGUAUGUCCACCAAGAUUGUCUUCGUCUUUGGCUGAAUCGUCGCGGAUACAAGAAAUGCGAGGUUUGUGGGCGUAGCUACUCUAUUGUUCCCGUUUACUCCGAGAAUGCUCCGGACAGGCUUCCAUGUAACGAGUUUGUGAUUUGGUUGUUAUUGAGAGCUGCACGUUACAUGAAAUCGAUUGUUCCUUGGAUUUUGGUGAUUCUCUUCAACGCAUACUUCAAUUUGUUACAUCCGUGAGGGCAAGAAGUUGUUGCAGAGUUCCAGAUGGGUUCUUGGAUGUCUCGGAAGUUGGCUUAUUUGUGGGCUGGCCUGCUUUACAGCAUUUUGAUCGUGUGUUUCCUGACCAUUAUCACUGUUAUAAGGAUUGAGGUAGGAGAUGUCGAUGUCAGGAGAUUCAUUGUUGGGUUUGGCGCUGAGAAUGGCCUACAACAAGGAGUUAUUGGUGGAGUUGUGCAGGUCUUAUGGAAAUAUAUGAAGAUCCUUUGUGAUUGGUAUGCUCAUAAAUUCGUCCAUUUCUUGGGGCUACCUCAUCAACUAAUACUUGUUCCUCCAAACGCGCUCAUUCAUGAAUGUGGGCUUAUCCGGAGGCUGCUUUUCUUUCUGAAUGACGAUGCCUUUGCUUUUCUUGCCAUCAGCGUAUACGUGUCUCUCCUCUUUCUUCUUGUGCCCUUUUGGAUUGGAUGGACUGUAUUAGCAAAUUUUGGAGGCAACUCUUUAGCCGGAAACUCACCUGUAAUUCUUGGAUACAUGGUGGCGCUGUCAACUUGCUUUGCUUACUUUGGAAUCCCCUUCAUUCUCCGUCAAAACUCAUUUCCAAUCAUCCGGUGGUUUUCGCUGGGAUUCCGCUUCAUAGCAGGCUUAACAUUGGUAUUGCCAUGUCUCUUGUUGACUUUGUUGUAUUUCUCAGUAAAAGCCUGCAAAAACAUACAUCUCAUCAAGGAUGCUUUAGUCCUCUGUUUCAAGAUUGCUGUUCUGCCUUGGAUUAUCGGAUGUUGGCUCGAGUUCUGCGCGUCCCCUAUGCUUGGAACCAAAAUCUCCCAGAGCUUUGAGAUUUUUUCACAAGACCCAUUCGUGAUUUUCCUACAAUGCCUGGCAGGACUCUCUUGGUUGGCGGCUGCUAAUGCUUCCAGGAAACUUAUCCCAGAGAUCAUCCAUAAACGAGCCUUUUGGUAUCUUCUAGAUGUCACAGAUCCAGAAUACAAGAUCACCAAACUAUAUCUUGGUCACACUUUCUAUGCGUUUGCUUGUCAUGGGGUAUUGUUGGUGAUUUUGUUCCACUUACCAAUUAAAGCAAUUACAAUGAUCAGCCCAUCAAUUUUCCCUCUUCAGCUCUGGGUCACCAAAGAAAAGCAUCUGAUUGGUGUAUACCCAAUAUAUUUCAACCUACUGAAAUCCAACCACGAGUGGUUAAUCAAACUUGUCAAACCAGCUAUCAAACUCAUAGUUGACAAGUGGAUUAUCACCGUUAGUUCUUGGCUUCAGCUGAGUGAUUUCUUGCUGGUAGUGCCCCGAGGAGGAGAUAGCUUUCACCGUGCUGAUCAACAUGUGAGGCCAUUGUUGCCACCAAGAUUGCCGUAUGAUCGUAAUCCAUGGUUUCGGUUCUAUUCCUUAGCUGAAGGCUCUAUGGUGAAUUUGCAUGGAUCUCAGAAUGCUGAAGACGAUAUUAAAGACCAAAGGGAUAACAGGUUUCUGCUGAGGAUUGCAUUGAUGUUGGUGCUAGCUGCUCUGAGUAUGUUCAUCGUUAGUACGACGUUCUUAGCUUUGCCAAUUAUGGUGGGAAGAGUAUUCUUAGACUCUGUCUCUUUCAUCAUUCUAUGGGUUGGACUCAAACAUGAUGAUCUCUGUGCUUUUUGGAUUGGAUGUGAUAUCCUGGUAGCAAUCUAUAUCAGCAUUUGCCUUGUAUAUGAUCAUAUUCAGAAGGGAAGAAUCGAUUUGCUUCUCAAAGAUGUCUUGACAAGGAUACAAAAUGGAUUGUUUGUCUUCAUUUGGAUCUCUAUCGUACCGGUAUUGCUUGGUCUACUCAUUGACCUUAUGAUCAUCAUCCCAUUACGAGUGCCGCUAGAUGAAUCACCGAUUUAUUUCUUGGUCCAAGAUUGGCUGAUCGGAGUAGUGGUGCUUCACAUCUGGGCCUUUAUGACAAUGUUCACGCCUAUCAACUGGUUCGCGACUGAGGCAUGGCGAAGAAAGUUGGAGAGAAUCAGAACUGUGGGAACUGAAAGACUUCCUUCAAUGUGGUUGCUUCAAGAUGUGAUCGGUUCCAGUAUAAACACGCUUCUAACUACUUUGGCCAUCCCUUACAUGCUUGGGAAGUAUCUGUUUCCACUGCUUGGAUACUCGAAAAGGGUCAAUUCAGCUAUUGAGCGGUUUAUAUGGCCGGCGUUAUUAACCUUGAUAGUGGCCUGGUUCAUAGCCAAGCUAGCACGCCAUCUCAUUAUCUACCUUCACCAGUUGGUCUUCGAUGAACGGUAUUUGGUGGGUGAAAGAGUGGAGAAUUUGACUGAAGAUAUUGAUAUCAUCCAUGGAGUAUGA